CAAGCAUUGGACGGUGGGAACAUGUGGUCAAGGUCCAGUUGGGGUCAAGUAUUGUCAAUGUUGUUAUUGGUCUAUUUAGAAUAUGGACAAUUAUGAUGACUUUAAGCCUACAGAUGUACGAUCGCCAAAUGACUGGGAACAUGUUGACUUGGGUUCCGAAGAUCGAAACAAAAAGUUUUUAAAAUUGAUGGGUGGAAAUCCUGUCCGUGAUCAUAAAGGAAAGCUAGUAAUCGGAGAAAACAUUGACAAUGUCCACGGUCGGAACAAAGAUACAUCUGUAAUCAAUAAAGAGCUAGAAAAUCAAUAUCUCCAGGGUUUGGAAAAGAGCAUGCAACCGAAUCGACACCAUGGUUUGGGAUGUCAUACAAGACUUGUAACAUACGAACAUAUCUUCAAGAAUUUCCAAAAAUACAGUUGAGAAGUCUGAAUCUGAAGAUACUGUUCUUAUAUUGAUUUACGGAUCAGUGAAUUUCUCUAAACAGAUCUUAUGGUAUUGCCAACACUUUCAAAUCAAACUUGGAUCAUCAGAUAACAAAGAGUCAUUUGCAAAGAAUAAUAUAAACUAUGACUGAGAUUCAUCAUCCAAUUCAGUAGACACCUUAGAUUAUACUAAUACAGGGAAACUUAAACAACAAUAUACAUCAUCAUUUAUACCGAAAAAGGAUUCCAAAUAGGAAGUUCUUAAAAUGCUUAUCGCUUUACCAGUAUUCUUUCCCGUAUAUAUAGAUAUAUAUAUUUUUGCCAAAUUUUUACUAGAAUUGUAACAAGUUUCUCAAUGAACAUUUUUUUAAUGAUUAACUUUUGAAUUUGAAUUCUGUCGAGAAUGUGUAAUAAUACUUAUCUGAAUAAAUAUUUGAACAGUGUU